AUUAUAAAGCUCCACACUUCAGAUCAGAUUUCCCUCUUUUCCCUUCAAACCUCACCAAGAAGAACAAAGAGAACCUGCUAAAGGAUUCUAUGUUAAGAAGAAAAGAGAAAAUAAGAUCAGAUUGUGGAUCCAUUAAUGAUAACUUAAAUGUUAAAGGUGCCUUCCUACAGCAUUAACAGUAGUGGCCCCAAGAAGUUUGGGACCCCUGGUUCAUAGACCCUCCUUACCAUAGUAACCCUACGUAAGGCCCAACGAAAGACAUGAAGUUUCUUCUGCAGUUGAUGUGUCUCUGUCUGGCAGACGAUGCAAACUCACAGUUGAUUUGUUCACAUCAACCAAUCACAGUCCUGGCUGGUGAUGAUGUCAUUCUACCAUGUCACCUUGAACCUCCCAUCAGUGUUUCUGAUGAGACAGUGGAGUGGACCAGACCUGAUUUAGACCCAAAGUACAUCCACUUUCACCAGGAUGGACGACUGAUGUUUGACCAUCAAAACCCAUCUUAUUAUCUCCGCACGAGACUGUUUAUGGAUGGACUGAUGACAGGAAACGUCUCCAUGAAAAUCUUCAAAGUGAAAGUUUCUGAUACAGGAAGAUACCAAUGUGCCCUUCCCUCAUUACAGAAGGAAGCUUCCAUCCAGCUCAUUGUUGCACAGUCUGAUGUGAUUGGCUCCGACAAACCAGUUACAGUAACAGUCGGUGAUAACGCCAUUCUGCCAUGUCACCUGGAGCCUCCAUCCGACAUGACAACUCAAACGGUGGAGUGGACAUGUGAUAAAACCAUCGUGCAUGUCUACAGAAACAGGAAGGACUAUCUAGAUCUUCAGGAUGAGAACUUCAGAGGUAGAACAUCUGUCUUCCAUGAAGAAAUGAUCAGAGGAAACAUUUCACUAAAACUGACCAACGUAACUGAACUGGAUGCUGGAAGUUUCACCUGCAAUGUUCCUAAACUGCAAAGUCAGGUCAGGAGAGGCUUCAUUAACCUCACUGUUGAGCCAGAGGAGAGCAGGAACAAAGGAGGUCAGACUGAUGAUAUCGGUGAGUAAAUAUUUCAUUUGUGUCUCUAUUCAAUGUCGUCUACUCUUCCUGUUGGCCUAAAGUUUAUCACAUAUUUUCAUAUUUAAUCUUUUUUCCUCAGACACACAGACAGGUACUCCUGGUACUUACUGCAGUUCAUGAUUGCACUGAAAACAGGAAUAUUGAAUAUAAAAUGAUGAAAAUGAGUUCAUCAGACUCACACUGACAUUUUCUGUUGUUUCAUUAUUGUAAGAACGAUGCAUGAUCGAUAUUUUUUAAAUGAACUUACUGCCCUGCCAUACUGCAAAGUACCUCUAGGGGUACAGUAGCCCCAUCUGAGAAACACUGCAUUAUACAACAGUCUGCCUCAAAGGUCAAAUCAGUGUUUUAGAGCUCUGCUCAAAGUUAUUCUCAGUUUCAUUUCAUUGAUGAGUCCCUGAUUUGUUCCUAUCAUUUGUCCCGUGUCCUUGUGACAAAGUGGAUUCAUCCACACCAUCUGUCACUUGUGUACCUUUCUGUGUUUCAUUUCUAGGCUGACGUCAUGGGACAUCUAAGAGGGAAAGGCU